CUGGCUACCACGUGACCUGAGACGUCACGGGUGAGGUCACGUCUAACGCGGAAGUGAAUGCUAACCGAGCAGUCGCCCGACCAUUCUGAUCGAAACCCACUCUUUCCCAGCGCCUGAAGAGGAACUGACACAGCUCCAUCAUGCUUGGUGGAGGUUUCAAAUCCGAGAGACUUCGUGUCAAUCUCAGGCUGGUCAUAAACCGCCUCAAACUUCUCGAGAAGAAGAAAACUGAAUUAGCCCAGAAGGCGCGCAAGGAAAUCGCUGACUACUUGUCGGCCGGCAAAGAUGAGCGUGCGAGAAUCAGAGUCGAGCACAUCAUCAGGGAGGAUUAUUUGGUGGAGGCCAUGGAGAUCCUGGAGUUAUACUGUGACUUGCUGCUCACCCGCUUUGGCUUGAUACAGUCCAUGAAAGAACUGGAUCCUGGCCUACAAGAAGCAGUCUCCACUCUCAUCUGGGCUGCCCCUCGUCUGCAGUCAGAGGUGGCAGAGCUCAAGAUUGUUUCAGAUCAGCUGUGUGCCAAAUACAGCAAAGAGUAUGGAAAGCUGUGCAGGACAAACCAGAUUGGAACAGUGAAUGAUAGGCUUAUGCACAAGCUCAGCGUGGAGGCACCUCCCAAGAUACUGGUGGAGCGUUACCUCAUUGAGAUCGCCAAAAACUACAACGUUCCCUAUGAACCUGAUGCCAUGGUUCGGCCAGAGGUGUGUCCGGGGGAAGAGGCCGAUCUGAUUGACGUGGACAGCGACUUCAAGAAGCCAGGAGCUGGUGGAGGAGGCGGAGGAGGGUUCACGGCUCCCGCUGUAGGCAUGCCCAUGCCCAUGCCCAUGCCAAUGCCCAUGCCCACAGCGUUCAACUACCCAGCGCCCAAAGGAGCUGAGCCCUUUAAUGGUCCUGUUGGAACCUAUGAUGGCUUUAGCAACUUCCAGCCUCCGGUGAGAGGAGGGCAGCCCCCACAGCUGCCCAGCUGCCCGCCCACCUAUGAAUCUAUUGACGAGUUGUCUGUCAAACCCUCUAAUCCUUCCCAGGUCAUCCCAGGCCCGGCCCCGUCUGCUCAGAUCUACGACAACUCUACCCUUCCUGAACUUCCUUCUGUUCCUGACACGCUCCCAGCCUCCUCCUUCGGGGCGAACGCCAACGCGUCGGACGACAUUGACUUUGACGACCUGUCACGGCGCUUCGAAGAGCUCAAGAAGAAGACCUAAUUUACAGAGAACGCGUCUGGGAGUCAGAACACCUGUCUCGGCUGCCACACGAGAAUAAUUCAAUGUACCCUGUCCAUAUUCACAUACUCGCAGCUCUUCUGGGUGGAGGUGUAAUAUAAUACUUGUUACUUAGCACAGUGAAGGAUCGGACGCUGUAUAGACGCUUGUGAACGGCAGCGGCAGAAAUUCAAACGUAACAUGGACUGUUGACAAACUGCCUCUUCUUUGUAUGAGCACUUUGCUUGGAGGGCCUUGCUAACAGCUAAAACUAGUCGAUCAUCUGUAGUAUAAUAAUCUCUGCGGCUUGUGUGACCGCCUAUGAAGUCUAUCGAAUAUUUAUAUUCUAGAUUAGGUUAUGAUUGCGUCGUUUGAUAACUUUCUCCUUUAAAAAAAAAAAAAAAAAAAACGAAUCGGAAAUGUCUGACGACUCUCAAGAAGAAGCAGGUAUAACCUGUUGCCAUUAUUUACACCCAGAGCUGUGCAUCGAUCUCUCUUGAACGACCGUGAACCUGCACACUGUAUGAUGUCAUGGGUUGUUAGUGGAUCACGACGUUUAUGAGAAGUGACUCAGCUUUUUGUUACUGGGUUUAGAUGGGAUGGUUUGGUGAACGUCACAGUUUGCUUGAUUCUGGUGACCCGGGCACAGGAUUUAUUUCAGCCUGUCGUAUGCGUGUCCUAUUUUUUUUUUCUGUUAUCGUUAUUGCUCCUGCUGCCGUCUUCAUUUGACUCCGAAGGAAAGGCUUUGUAUUUUGUCUACAGUUAAUAACACUCCCGUUUCUAGUCCUGUCUGUGCGUGUGUUUCUGGACUGAAUUUGCCUUAGUUUUCCACAUCUCAAGCCGUGGCCUUGCUGUUCCACACCUUUCUCUGGGAAAUGUGACUUCCCCCGAUAGCUUGUACUCCACAGUUAAAUAAGUAUUUACAUGCUAAUUCUUUUCUUUGGUGGAGGUUUUUUUUUUUAUCGUGCAUCGUAUAUCAUUUUUCGUUGUAAGACUCGACUGUUUAAACUGUCAACGUUUCAAGUUUGGAAAGCAUUGUUUUGGCUGCUUUCUACUUGAUUUUAUAACACUAAUUUGUGUUUUCUCUUUUUUUCGAAUCGCCCCAAAUACAAAUCCGGCAGUGUUUAGGUAUGUUUGAUACUGACUUUUAAUUUGCAUUGAAAUCAUAUCUUAUGCCAUGUAAUAAAGUCUAUUUGCUCAUAACUUA